GAUGAUGGGAGAAGAACUCAUGAUCAAAGAACAUUCUGGAGUGUCAGCCAGCAACACUUCCCAUCAUAAACACAAAAAAAAAAUAUAAUUUUAUAUUUUGCCACCAAUUUCAAGCACCACAUUAUAUAAAGUUUAUCUCAUUUGCUGCUACUACUCUGUUUCUCUUGUCUCUUGUCUUACAGCGUUUGUGCUAGUACUAGUAGGAUCAAAUCAAUGGCUGAGAGCAUUUUUGGAUACCCUUUCGGACGCUUCCUCUGGGGCCACCCUCCCAUUUACAGAGAAUGGUCUGGAUCAACGCCUCUCUUGGAUUGGCUUGAAUCCCCCACUGCCCACAUCCUCAAAAUCAAUGUUCCAGGAUUCAGCAAAGAUGACAUAAAAGUGCAGAUUGAGGAUGGGAAUAUUCUGCAUGUGAAAGGGGAAGGUGGGAAGGAAGAGGCACUAGCAAAGGACACUGUUUGGCAUGUAGCUGAGAGAGGGAUUGGAAAUGGAAAGGGUGAUUUCUCAAGGGCAAUUGAGUUGCCAGAGAAUGUGAAGGUGGAUCAGAUUAAGGCACAUGUGGAAAAUGGAGUGCUUACUGUUCUUGUGCCUAAAGAAGCAGCACCCAAAUCUCCUAAAGUGAGAAAUGUUAACAUCACUAGCAGGCUUUGAGGCUUAAGCUAUGGAAAUUCAUGUGUGUGGUUGAUAUGAAUAAGAAUAAGAAUUGGGGAAAAAAUGUAUCAUGUGAUGUAAACAAUGGAUAUAUAUGUGAUUAAAUGUGUGUUAUUUAUCCAUUGUAUUCGAUGUGAAUGUUUUUUUUCUCAAUUCAAACAGUUUGUUUAGUUGAGAAAACUGUUUUGGAAAAACCAAACACAAUCAGUAAGAAAGUGGGGUUUAUUUAGUAUAUAUUUACUUAUUUUUGUGCUUGUGUCUAUUUUCUCCCCUCUUUGAUUGACAUGAGUGGUGUAACAGUAUAAUUUUGUUGAUACCUUUUGCUAUGUCAA